AUGGAUCUGUCAAGUCUUUCUCAAACGACUGUUUUUAUCAGCACAGCUGUAGUUGUUUUAACUGCUAUUCUGUGGCUUGUGUACAGGAGAAACACAGCCAAUGAUCAAGGGGCAAACUAUCCACCCAUUGACAGUGGAUGGGUCCCUUGGUUGGGCUGCGCAAUCGAAUUCGGAAAGGCACCACUUUUUCAAAUCCAAGCCAAACGUAAACAGCUGGGUCCAAUAUUCACUUUGUAUAUUGCUGGAAAGCGACUGACUUUUCUCACAAGCGUGGAGGAUUUCCAUCAUUUUUUUAAAUCCCCCAAUGUUGACUUCCAAGAAGCUGUUGUAGAUGCUGUCAACCACACAGCUGCCAUUCCCAAGCCAGCUUUCUAUGAGAGCCACACCAAGCUUCAUGACACUGUCAAAGGGAGGCUGUCCGCUCAAAGCCUUGAGCAGAUUGGGAACAAACUUUGUGUCGAACUGAAUGAGGUUAUUGCUGACCUUCCUGACACUUUUGUUGGAGAUUCAUUUGAGCUGAUCAGAAAGCUGAUGUAUAAAAGUGCCAUAAACAUUUUGUUUGGGAGGAAUUCUUUAGGGCAGAACAAGGAAGAGUUUGAGAAGGUGAUUGGACAUUUUGUGAAGUUUGAUCAAGGUUUUGAAUAUGGUUCUCAAUUACCAGAGUUGUUUUUAAGAGACUGGGCCAAUUCAAAACACUGGUUACUAUCCAAAUUCAAGAGUGCGAGGCAGUCCAUUGAGAAAGGCAGUAAGAAUGAUCAGACUUUGUUCCAUUCCAUAGUAGAGACGGUGGGCAUGUCCCAUUCACACAGUUUUGGAUUGCUCUUUAUGUGGGCUGCUUUAUCUAACGCUGUACCUAUUGCGUUUUGGGCGUUGGUUCAUAUAGCUGCGAAUCCUGAUGUGCUCAGGCAGGUGAAGGAAGAAAUCAGAGCAGUUCUCGGAAACUUUAAAAAAGGGAAGUCUGGUCAGAUAUCAGAUGAAGACAUCAGGCGGAUGCCAUUUGCGAAGUCGUGUGUCCUGGAGACAGUCCGUCUUCAUUCAGCUGGUGUCAUUGCCAGGAAAGUUCUACAAUCAUUCAAAAUCAAGGGUUACACUAUUCCAGCUGGAGAUAUGUUGAUAGUCUCCCCAUAUUGGGCUCACAGAAACCCUAACUACUUUCCACAGCCAUCCAAGUUUAACCCAGAUCGCUGGAAGGAUGUGGAUUUGGAGAAGAAGAAGUUUUUGGAAGGGUUCAUUGCAUUUGGCAGUGGAAGAUAUCAGUGUCCUGGCAGAUGGUUUGCAUUGCUAGAGAUGCAGAUGUUUGUGUCCUUGUUUCUAUGGAAAUAUGAUGUCAGACUUUUAAACGGUGUUCCACAAGAGAGUCCUCUCCAUGUGGUAGGGACCCAGCAUCCUGUAUCUGAAUGUAAAGCAGAGUUUACCCUGGCAGUGUGACAUCACAUCGUGCUUGGGUUAUUAUGCAUGUUUCAAAAACAUUGAGGGGUUCAUAGAGGUCGUCUGAACGAGCCAGUAUUCGGUUUGUCGAUUGAAUAAAAAACUUAAUAACAGGUUUUAUUUAUUCAAUUUUUAGGUUGUUUCGUGAAAGAAAUAUUCAAAAUUUUACAUAAACUUAGUUUGAACAUAUGCAAAAUUUCAACUGUUCGAGUUACGAGUUAUCUCCCUUUUAUGGAAAUCUUCAUGACCCUCUGCAUGGAUUAGAUUGAAGAGGGCAAUUUUUGGAAGCGGAGGGGAGUAUGAAAUCAAACAUGACACAUAAUAAGCUUCGUUGGCCUCUGCCAAAUCGGCCCUUAUGAAUAACUUGACCAAAUUCGGCUUCCAAUCGUUCUGUUUUUUACGUUAGCGUAGCACAGGUGACUACAUGUGUGCAUAAACGGCCUGGUAUCCUCCCCUUGAAGCCAGGUGGCGAUAUUAUCUUCAGCUCCUUUCAAGGCAAGCACCCAGGUUGCCUCCAGGUUUUGUUUUCAGGAUUCUGAAGUUUGAUAAAUGGCUUAUAGCAGUGAAAUUAAAACCUUCUUUGCGAGAUAUGAACAUUUACGAGCAAUUCGCUAUAAAAGCGUGUUUUUUGUUCAAAAACUGAACAUAGAGAUGUGUGCCAGACAGGAGUUCAGGGGCUUGUCUUACGAAGCAUUCACAAAUUGCAUGUGGCAUAUUUUCCAUGGCAAGAUAUUGUGAAGAGAUUUGUAACAGUGGUAAAUAUCUUUGGUGUAACGGUGCGACUGCUUUAUAAAACAUGCCCUAGACCGUUGAGAUCCAGCUGUACUCAUCGUGGAAAAAGGGAUGAUUCAGUUCUCUAAAUAUGUAGCAUCUAUAUUUAAAGAUCAUUGUAGUUAAUAGUCCAUGGGGUAAAUCCCUGUUAUAGUGGGUCUCUUAAUUUUCUCAUUAACGGUAAAUUUCAUGUCAAUAAGUCAAAUCAGACUUCGUUUUGAACUGCUUUAGUUGAUUGAAAUCUUCAGUUUUUUUUGUUGUUUUUUUUGGACAAGGAUAAUAUUUCAAGGGAAUGUAUAGAUAAUGCACAGAGCAGUCAUCUGGAUGCACUAUUCAAAUUAGUUUCUGGAGUACAUGUAAGGUGUUGCAUGAGUUUUGAUUUUCUUGAAGGUUAUUUUUUCUUUUGAUCAUUUUUUACAUUUCCUUUUACAAACUGAGAGUGACAACCACACACUCAAUAAACCAUUAAUGCAUGACCAUUCUAUCAUGAUUCAUGACUGUGGAAUAUUUUUUUCAAAGUGAUGUCAAGACCAGUUGCUCAUGUUGUGAGUUCAGUCAAUCUAGACUGGUGCUCUAGGUGUGUUAGCUUUCUGUUAACUUUACUGGAAUUGAUAAAAAACUCAAUUUCAUUUGAAAGUAAAACUCAAUUUCGCUCAGAAAGUGGUGGUCUGUAUGUGGAAAACUGACAUACAAUGAAUGCAUUGUAAACACCAAAUAAAGUUACUGAGUAACUACAAUAGUGGUCUGAGUGUCUGGCUGCAGUUCUGUAACAUGAUUGUAUGAUUUAGCCUAUCCCGAGGGCAAAAUAACUUGUGAGAAAUGUCCUUGAAUACAGAAUGCAAAAAUUGUUUUCUAUGAUAUUAUAUUACAUUAUAUUGAAAAUGAGAUUUGUAAGAAGCAAAUGUGUAUUCUUGUGAUAACUGUAAUUUACUUUGAGAAUCAGAAAUCCAUUUUUGUUUGUAACGAUUUUCUGUAAACAAUGAGUUUAAGAUGUUAAGGACUUUCAUAAGUACAUGUUGAAGUUAUUUUUUUCCAUUGAAAUCCAUUUUAUGCAUUUUGCAUACUUUUGUUCAUUACAAAAGACUGAAUUUAUCAAAGAUUAAUCCAUUGAAAGCUCAAUCCAUGACAGUCUGAUGAUGGAUUUUGCACUAUGCAUGUAGAUCAAAUUAUUUUGUUUUGUUAAAUGUUACCAAAUUGAAAUAAAGCAGU